UUACUUGAUACUACAACUGCCCUGGGAGAACUAGGAUGGAAAACAUUUCCCUUAAAUGGGUGGGAUGCCAUAACUGAAAUGGAUGAGCACAACCGUCCCAUUCACACUUACCAGGUGUGCAAUGUGAUGGAGCCCAACCAGAACAACUGGCUGCAAACCAACUGGGUCUCCCGCGACGCCGCGCAGAAAAUCUACGUGGAGUUGAAGUUCACCCUGAGGGACUGCAACAGCAUUCCCUGGGUGCUGGGGACCUGCAAGGAAACGUUCAAUCUCUACUACAUGGAGUCAGAUGAGCCUCACGGAGUAAAAUUCAAACCAAACCAGUACACUAAAAUUGAUACCAUAGCUGCUGAUGAGAGCUUUACCCAGAUGGACUUGGGCGACCGCAUCCUCAAGCUCAACACCGAAGUUCGUGAAGUUGGGCCGAUCAACAAGAAGGGAUUUUACCUUGCUUUUCAGGACAUUGGAGCGUGCAUUGCUUUGGUGUCAGUCCGUGUGUAUUACAAGAAGUGCCCUUUCACGGUCCGUAACUUGGCCAUGUUUCCUGACACCAUUCCAAGGGUGGAUUCUUCCUCGCUGGUGGAAGUACGGGGCUCCUGCGUGAAGAGCGCUGAGGAACGGGACACCCCAAAGCUGUAUUGUGGGGCAGAUGGGGAUUGGCUGGUGCCUCUGGGACGAUGCAUCUGCAGCGUGGGGUAUGAAGAACUGGAUGGUUCCUGCCAUGCUUGCAGGCCUGGAUUCUAUAAAGCAUUUGCUGGAAAUGUGAAGUGCUCCAAGUGCCCUCCACACAGUUUGACUCAUAUAGAAGCAACUUCUGUGUGUCAGUGUGAGAAAGGUUAUUUCAGAGCUGAGAAGGACCCACCAACUAUGGCAUGUACCCGACCACCUUCUGCUCCGAGGAAUGUGGUUUUCAACAUCAACGAAACAGCUCUGAUGCUGGAGUGGAGCCCCCCGAGCGACACUGGAGGAAGGAAGGAUCUCACCUACAGCGUCAUCUGCAAGAAGUGCGGGUCGGACGCCAGCCAGUGCGAGAUCUGCGGGGGAGGCAUCCGCUUCAUCCCCAGGCACACGGGGCUCAUCAACUCCUCCGUGACCGUGCUCGACUUCGUGUCGCACGUCAACUACACCUUCGAGAUAGAGGCCACCAACGGCGUCUCGGAGCUCAGCUUCUCCCCCAAGCAGUUCACAGCCAUCACGGUCACCACAGACCAAGAUGCACCCACCUUGAUAGGUAUGGUAAGGAAGGACUGGGCUUCCCAAAACAGCAUUGCCCUCUCCUGGCAAGAGCCGGACUUUCCCCAUGGAGCAGUUCUGGACUACGAGAUCAAGUACUAUGAGAAAGUCUACCCACGGAUAGCGCCGGCAUUUUGGCACUACCUGCGGGUAGAAGAGCAUGAGCAGCUCAGCUAUUCCUCCACAAGGUCCAAGGCUCCAAGUGUUAUCAUCACAGGUCUCAAGCCAGCCACCAAGUACAUAUUUCAUAUCAGAGUCAGGACGGCAGCAGGAUACAGCGGCUAUAGCCAGAAGUUUGAAUUUGAAACUGGAGAUGAAACUUCUGAUAUGGCUGCAGAGCAGGGACAGAUUCUUGUGAUUGCCACUGCUGCUGUUGGUGGAUUCACUCUCCUGGUCAUCCUCACUUUGUUCUUCCUCAUCACUGGCAGAUGCCAGUGGUACAUAAAGGCCAAAAUGAAAUCUGAGGAGAAAAGAAGGGCUCAUUUGCAAAAUGGACACUUACAUUUCCCAGGACUCAAAACAUACAUAGAUCCAGACACGUAUGAAGACCCAUCUCUUGCUGUCCAUGAGUUUGCCAAGGAGAUUGAUCCUUCAAGAAUUCGUAUUGAAAGAGUCAUUGGGGCAGGGGAGUUUGGAGAAGUGUGCAGUGGACGCCUGAAGACACCAGGAAAAAGAGAGAUCCCUGUUGCCAUUAAAACUCUGAAGGGUGGCUAUAUGGACAGGCAGAGGAGAGAUUUCCUGAGGGAGGCGAGUAUCAUGGGACAGUUUGAUCACCCAAAUAUCAUUCGUCUUGAAGGAGUUGUUACAAAGAGAUCCUUUCCGACCAUUGGUGUGAAGUCUCUUUCGAGAUUCCUGAGGGCGGGAUUUUUAAAUAGCAUCCUGGCCUCACAUCCAGUGGCAGGGGGUGGAUCUUUACCCCCCAGCAUUUCCUCUGGCAGACCAGUAAUGAUUGUAGUUGAAUACAUGGAGAACGGAUCCCUUGACUCCUUCCUGCGGAAGCACGAUGGGCACUUCACAGUGAUCCAGCUGGUUGGAAUGCUGCGGGGGAUUGCCUCUGGCAUGAAGUACCUGUCGGACAUGGGCUACGUGCACCGGGACCUGGCAGCGCGCAACAUCCUGGUCAACAGCAACCUCAUGUGCAAAGUCUCAGAUUUUGGCUUGUCACGGGUGCUGGAGGAUGACCCCGAAGCCGCCUACACCACAAGUGGUGGGAAGAUCCCCAUCAGGUGGACUGCUCCCGAAGCCAUCGCUUACCGCAAGUUCUCCUCAGCCAGCGAUGCGUGGAGCUACGGAAUUGUCAUGUGGGAGGUGAUGUCCUACGGAGAGAGGCCCUACUGGGAGAUGUCCAACCAGGAUGUACAUGGAUAUCUGAUUUCUCUGAACAGAGAGAGAUGGGUGCUAUGCAUGUGGCAGAGCAAGAGCUAAAAUAAAUAUAUAAAUAAAUAAGGAACUAAAAUGCUCUAAUUCUUCCUUUGAGACUUGAUUCCCAUUGCAGUAUUAGACACUUAUCAGAUCUUUACUCUUGCUUCUUAGACUCUAAAAAUAAUACUUGCCUCACAAGGGAUACUAAUGAGGCAAUAUUUCCAGUUUAUUUUUAAAAUGUGCUGGUAUUAAUGAGAAAUUAUAAUUAUCCCAGUACCAGCUGGCAUUUCUCUUCAUACUGAAAUGUUCCUUUUGAACAAGAGAGGAAACAAAAUGCACUGUGACUUCAUUUUCAGAGGUAUGUUAAAAUAAAGUGUGGCAGAGAAAAUACAUCUGGAAAAUUAUGGUUGCUUUUAGGCUUUUCCUGAAUAAAUUCAUUCAGCAAAACCUCAUCAGCCCUCUAUUGUUGUGUUGAGCAAAUGCUGUAUGUCUCUGAAAAGCCAAGCAGCAUUCCUGUUGCCUUAAAAACAAAAUACAUUUCAUACAUUUCAUAAAUUCCAUGUUUGCAACAUGCACAGUUAAAUGUAAAAAUUUCGGUAUCUGCAUUUCUGGGCUGCUGAGGAUGGCCUCAUCAGUGGUCAGCACCAACUAAGCUCUGCCCCUCUGUCAUGAGUGUCUACUGAACCCACUUCUGACAAACUGCUUGAGAUACAUUAAUAAUAAAUGUAGAAACAAAUGUGAAUAAAAUUCAAUGCACGUGGUUGAGUUUUUCCCGUCCUGAGUCCACAGGGGCAUUUCUGUCACUGGGAGGCAAGGUUCUGAGGGAAAUAUUUCCUUGGCAAUGUGAUAGUGGCAUUUUCUCCUGUAACAGCAGCAGGUACAUUACAGGACCAGGUCACCUGUGUUUAUAGAACAAGCAGCUGUGUGCAGCUACAGAAGCCUUGUUCCAUUUCCUGCCAUGCCAUCAAGGGGAGCUCAGGUCCUAACACAGCUUCAUUACUCUUAUUUUAUUUACAUAAUGCUUGCAGCAUAAGCAUUAGGCAUUGCUGAGCAGAGCCAGCAUUAAUUCAGAAUUCAAAUAGAGAACAGGGAUGUAUUCCAGGAUAAAAAGAUUGAACAUAUUGAAGCCAGAGCUGGUGCUGUAAAACAUUGAUUUGCUGUAAAGAGUUUAAUGUAACCCCUUCCAGCUGCAUUAAUAUGUCGGCAGCAUGUCCGUACAUCUGUGUGAAAAUGACAAAUGUCUCCUUGCAGCACAGAGGGUAUCAAUGCAGCAGGUGUGUUCCUCCUAAGUGCACGGUGUGGCUGUAAAUAUUGUGUGCAAUCCUUUGUACAUUAAAAAACAUUAGAAAUCCAGCACUGGCUGGAUUUUUAUGGGGGAGGGUUAUGCACGUGCGGUAAGGCUGGACUUUUUUCUAGUUUC